CAGUAGUAUCCAAGCUCAUCUUAGCUACGGUUGUGUACCAGUGAAUAGCAGGAUGAGGAUGUGGGCUAGCUUGCUGGUGGUGGUGGCGGGGGUGACAAUGGCGCAGCAGUACAAAGAGCAGCCGGAGGAGCAGAGGGAGGUGCCAGUCAUCACGACACUGCUGGGUAGGAUCUCCGGAGUCAAGGAAGAAUCUAGAAAUGGCAAGACCUUCCACGCCUACUAUGGCAUCCCCUUUGCCAAGCCUCCUGUGGGUGAAUUGAGGUUUAUGGAUCCCGUUGCCUCGGAAGGAUGGCAGGGCGUGAGGGAGGGGAAGAGCCAUGCCUCAUCCUGCCCGCAGGUGGAUAUGCUGAAAAACAUGAUGGGUGGUGAACUCUCCCCUGUGGGGUCAGAAGACUGUCUUUACCUCGACGUGUUCACCCCACAGACUGUCAAGGUGGGCGAAGGUCUGCCAGUGUUGGUGUCCAUCCACGGUGGCGGGUUCAUAGCCGGGGACGGGAAGAUGGGCUCCCCACACUACCUGAUGAAUAACGACGUGGUGGUCGUCAGCAUACAGUACCGCAUCGGGAUAUUCGGUGAGUACAUGUACAAGAAUGCUGGAAAAUAAAACAAAUGUAAAUAG